AUGCCUAACCACAUUGCCUUGCGACACGCAAGCUUUGUGUUGCCUCCGGCACCAUCGUGCCUAGCCACAUCUUGUGUCGCCUUCGGCACCAUCAUGCCUAGCCACAUCGCUCUACGACGUGCAAGCUUUGUGUUACCUUCGACACCUUCGUGCUCAGCCACAUUGCCUUGCGACACGCAAGCUUUGUGUUGCCUUCGGCACCCCCCCGUGCCUAGCCACAUCGCUCUGCAAUACGCAAGCUUUGUGUUGCCUUCGGCACACUCGUGCCUAGCCACAUCUUAUGUCACCUUCGGCACCAUCAUGCCUAACCACAUUGUCUUGCGACACGCAAGCUUUGUGUCGCCUCCGGCACCAUCGUGCCUAGCCACAUCUUGUGUCGCCUUCGGCACCCCCCCGUGCCUAGCCACAUCGCUCUACGACGCGCAAGCUUUAUGUUGCCCUCGGCACCAUCGUGCCCAGCCAUAUUGCCUUGCGACACGCAAGCCUUGUGUCACCUUCAGCACCAUCGUGCCUAGCUACAUCGCUCUGCGACACGCAAGCUUUGUGUUGCCUUCGGCACCCCCCGUGCCUAGCCACAUCGCUCUGCGACACGCAAGCUUUAUGUUGCCCUCGGCACCAUCGUGCCCAGCCAUAUUGCCUUGCGACACGCAAGCCUUGUGUCACCUUCAGCACCAUCGUGCCUAG